AUGAUGCAUUGUCUGCUCCUGUUGAGCAGUGGCACACUCGCUGCUGCUGCUGCGUCGUUGUGGUCCUCCAAUGCAGCUUCUUGGGACACGACCAAUGAAGCCUUUCUUGUUGGAAACGGGAAACUUGGUGCGAUGCCCUUUGCAGCGGCGGGUACUGAGAAGCUCAACCUCAAUUACGACGACCUUUGGAGUGGAGGACCUUUUCAGGUUGAGGAAUAUCGUGGCGGAAACCCAAAUGCUAGCCUGGUGGGCAUCUUGCGCAACAUCCGCUCCGAGAUCUGGCAGACAGGAAUAGGAAAUGAUAGUCUACUGCAUGGAGAUGAAAGUGGCUAUGGCUCCUACCACUCAUUGGCCAAUCUCACCGUCCAUAUCGAGGGAAUCUCUGAGGUGACUGGAUAUAACCGAACUUUGGAUCUGAGCAACGGCAUACAUACGACCAGUUAUUCCACCGCAGCUGGCACUUACACUACUUUGAUCUAUUGCAGCUACCCCGAUCAAGUGUGUGUCUACCACCUCACUUCUCCUGUGGCUCUGGCAAAUGUGUCCGUCUGGUUUGACGAGCUCGUGGAAUCGGCAUCCCUAUAUCGUACGACCUGCGGGCCCUCGUUCACCCGUUUGCGCGGCUUGACCCAAGAGGGGCCUCCAAUUGGAAUGCGUUAUGAUAUCAUGGCACAAAGCUCACUUCCAGGGGUCUGCGACAAUUCAACGGGAGUUCUUCGCGUUGGUUCUUCUGCAAGCACAAGUCUGACACUUGUGAUCGCGGCUGGCACAGACUUUGACCCUGCAAAAGGCAAUGCCGCCAAUGGCUUCACUUUUCGAGGCGACGACCCUGCAGCAAAGGUUGAGAAACUGGCAGCUGCUGCUCAUGCAAAACCAGAGACAAAGCUUCGUGCUGCUCACGUGGCGGACUAUGGUUCACUGGCAAACACCUUCACCUUGAAUCUGCCGGACAGCCAGGGCUCUUCUGAAGUGGAGUUCUCCGAACUGAUUACUAGAUAUCGCGCCAAUUCAACAGCGGGUGACCCUUUCUUGGAGAAGCUGAUGUUUGACUAUGGAAGGCAUUUGUUCAUUUCCUCCUCGCGCCAAAACAGUCUCCCGCCGAAUCUCCAAGGUAUCUGGAGCUCAACCCUGAGCGGAGCGUGGGGUGCAGACUAUCAUGCCAACAUCAAUCUGCAAAUGAACAUGUGGGGCGCGGAAGCCACAGGUCUUGGAGAAUUAACGGUGCCUCUUUUCAAUUACAUGGAGCAGACCUGGAUGCCUCGAGGGGCAGAAUCCGCCCAGCUAAUCUAUGGAGGGGACGGAUGGGUAACGCACGACGAAAUGAAUAUCUUUGGGCAUACGGGGAUGAAAACUUGGCAGACCUCGGCUGAUUAUCCUGCUGCCCCUGCAUGGAUGAUGCAACAUGUUUGGGACCACUACGACUACUCUCGCGACCGCGACUGGCUCCGUAAACAGGGGUGGCCGAUGCUCAAAGGCGUUGCGGAGUUUUGGCUGUCUCAGCUACAGCUGGACCAAUUCACGAAUGAUAACUCUCUCGUCGUCAAUCCGUGCACCUCCCCGGAGCAUGGCCCUGUCACAUUUGGAUGCACUCACUGGCAACAGCUGAUCUACCAGGUAUUCGAGAACAGUCUGCAGAUAGGCAGCGUGGUUCAAGAGAGCGACCAGACGUUCCUCGCCGACGUGCAAAAGAAGCUUGCCAAGCUGGAUAAGGGACUACACAUCGGUUCCUGGGGAGAGAUCAAAGAAUGGAAGCUCCCUGAUAGCUACGGGUACGACGAAGAAGGUGACGAGCACCGGCACCUAUCCCAUUUGGUUGGCUGGUAUCCAGGAUGGUCAAUCUCGUCCUAUCAGAAUGGAUAUACCAACUCGACAAUCCAACAGGCUGUCAAGACCUCUCUAACCAGUCGCGGGCCCGGGAUCUCGGACUCGAAUGCGGGAUGGGAAAAGGUCUGGAGAUCCGCGUGCUGGGCGCGCCUGAACAAUACAGAAGAAGCAUAUUACGAGCUUCGCUUGACCAUUGAUCAAAACAUUGGUUCAAGUGGGCUUUCGCUCUAUAGCGGCGGCGAUACUGCUUCGGGGCCAUUCCAGAUUGAUGCCAAUUUUGGACUGGUGGGCGCAGUGCUCAGCAUGCUUGUCGUUGAUAUGCCUCUUGCUAGCUCCUCCUCCGAGUCUGCGCGCCGCACGGUCGUCCUGGGGCCGGCGAUUCCCCGUACUUGGGCGGGUGGUAGCGUUCGGGGCCUCCGCGUACGCGGCGGCGGCACAGUCGACUUUUCUUGGGAUGGUGACGGAGUCGUCGAUCAAGCGCAGGUUCAAGGACUGGCGAAGAAUGUUUAUCUGGUUAACGUCAAGGGGAAGCCGCUCGCCUGA